AUGCCUCCAGCAAAGAAAAAGCAGACGAGUUCUCUUGGCAGAGCUGUCAUCAAGUCUCGUUUCCAGGGACAGAAAGCCAUUGCUCUUGAUGAAGGCAAGCUUCACACCACUGAAGUCAAUGAAGGUCCCAAGUGGGUCAAGAUGCAGAGUAUCACCCAAGAAAACGAUUUAGAUGCUUUUCUUAGUACUGCUGCUCUUGCUGAAACAGAUUUCACUGCUGAAAGAUUGAACGUCAAAGUGAUCCAAAACGACUACCAAAACCCAUUUUUGAUCUCUGAACAAGAGGAAAUCACUCGCAUUGAAAAACAGGAAGCAAAUGUCGACAAAUUAUCAGUACCUCGUAGACCUCACUGGGAGAAAUCCAUGACAGCUGAGCAAGUACAACGCAAUGAACGUGAAAGCUUCUUGAACUGGCGUCGCGAUAUGGCUACACUGGAAGAUGAAGAGGGUUUAUUGCUGACGCCUUUUGAAAAGAAUCUCGAAGUCUGGCGUCAAUUGUGGAGAGUCAUCGAGCGAUCUCAGUUGAUUGUGCAAAUUGUGGAUGCUCGUAAUCCCAUGCUGUUUAGAUCUGCCGAUUUGGAAAAAUACGUCAAGGAAGUGGAUGAGAGCAAGGCCAAUUUGCUGUUGAUCAAUAAGGCCGAUUUCUUGACUGCAAAGCAAAGAAAGGCCUGGGCUGAUUACUUUGAUGCUCAAGGCAUCAAAUACACCUUCUUCUCUGCUGCUAUUGCCGCAAAAACAUUGCAGGAAGAAGAGGAGGAAAGACAGCGUCAAGAAUUGGAGGCAUCCUUGAAGGCCCAGCAAGCAAAGAGAGACAGUAGCGACCAAGAGACUGACGAUGAAGAAGAGAAUGUUGUUGAAAAAGCAGUAGAUAUUGAGGAAAAGAAGGAAGAGGUUGAACACAUUACCGACUUUUUGUCCAAGGCCUCUCUCGGCGUUGAGAGCGAAGAAAAAGACGACGAGCGCACGCGUGUACGCACUACUACUGAUUUGUUGGAUCUUUUGAUUGAGCAGACACCUGUCAUCAAGAACGAGAAUGGCGAGAUUGAAAAAAUGACGAUUGGUUUGGUGGGUUAUCCUAAUGUCGGUAAAUCGAGUACUAUCAAUGCCAUUAUUGGUGAGAAGCGUGUGUCCGUCUCUUCCACUCCUGGUAAGACCAAGCACUUUCAGACUAUCCAUUUGAAUGAGAGUCUUGUUCUCUGUGAUUGUCCCGGUUUAGUAUUCCCUACGUUCUCUACAACUAAGGCAGAUCAAGUCUGUAAUGGUGUGUUACCCAUUGAUCAGCUCCGUGAGCACACUGGUCCCUGUACAUUGGUUGCCAAGCGUAUUCCCAAGGCUGUGCUCGAGAGCACCUACGGUAUUCGUAUCCGCACAGUGCCUAUCGAAGACGGCGGCACUGGUAUCCCUACCAGCGCUGAAUUCUGUUCUACAUAUGCUAUUGCUCGUGGUUAUGUUCGCUCCAGUCAAGGUAAUCCUGAUGAAGCUCGUGCUGCUAGAUACAUCUUGAAGGAUUAUGUUAAUGGUAAACUUCUUUUCUGUCAUCCUCCUCCUGGCAUUGAUGCCCAAGAAUUCAACAAAGAAACCAAUGAAGCAGCACUCAAAGUAUUCAAAAAGCUGGCACCUACCACUCGUGUGCCAUCCACCGCCCUGAAUUACGUUGCACCUUCUGACGGCACAAAAAACCAAUCUGGAUCAAAAACCGAUGCAGUCGACAAAGCAUUCUUUGAAAAGCAAAUUUCACAACCCCGAGUGAGUGGAAAGGCAUCAGCAGCUUCUUCCAUGACGGGCGGCCGUGUUACAUUAUAUCCUCACCAACGAGUCCUUGCGGAUGACGGCACACCUCUGCCUAUGAGCCGAAAGGCUCGCAUGGCUAUGGUGCAAGCUAAUUUGGCCGAUGUGGGUGAUGCAAAGUCAAAGAAGCAUAAGAAGGGAAAGAAGCAUGUCAAGGUUAGAAGUGGUGCUGGUUAUGACUAUUUGUAA